ACCUCUGACAACCACAUUCAUGUCUUCAUUAAAAAAAAUUACGUUUUAUAUCAGUGAUCGUUAUUAUUAAACAACAAUAGACAGGUUUAGUGUUUUCUGUGAGCACAGCAAAGCUUUCGCCGGGGGCUUUGCUGGCAGUUAGAUUCAGGUACACCGAAUUUAUAACUGGUCCAACGACAUACAUGCAAAUUACUUGUAGUGAGGGGAAGGGUCAAGGAGGAGCGUUUCCCACGGUCAAACCUUAAGGCUGGGUCCUGUGGAAUGCCGAGCGUUACUAGUCUCUGAGGAGCAUAAAUGCCUCCUUCCACCCGUUUGCAAUUUUCUUCAGAGUCUUUUAAAACUUUACAUGUCUUUUGACGAGUAGGCAAGUUGCUGGACAUGUAUGUAACAACGACUGGAAGGGAGAUAUGGACGUCACACUGUGUACUCUGAUUGUUGUGCUCGUGACCGGUCAGUGCGAACGGUGCCCGUGAGCUGCCAUCUCAGCAUGAUGCCAUCCUGUGACUGUGUGGAUGGAGACCUUCUGGUCGUCAAGGCCGUCUUCUUCUUCUUUUUCUCCGGGAUGGCCUGUGUCUCCCCCUACAUGUCCAUCUAUCUGAGAUACCUGGGACUCCGCCCGUCACAGACCGGUGUGAUCACUGCUACUAAAAACUUCAUGUCGGCCAUCAUCAAACCCCUUCUGGGCAGUAUAGCAGACAAGACUGGGAGGCCCAAACUAGUGGCGAUUCUGACCGUCCUGGCAGCUUCCGCCCUGCACUUCUCGCUUCUGUUUGUACCGCCCGUGACGUCACCAGCUGGGCCACAAACCGUCCAACACCAGAGACGCCAUCAGGAGAGAGACAACCACACGAAAACAACCUGUCUGCUACCAGGCGAGGUCGCCCGUGCGAUGGACUUGCGAGGUGCGGAAGACACGCAGUCGUUCUUCUCGCUGACGUUCUGGUUGGUCUUCUGGAUCAUGUUCACCUCUCACGGUGCGCAGUGGAGUUCAACUUCACAGGUGGAGGCGGCAACUUACCAGAUCAUCAAGGAGAAAGGUGGUCCUACAUUCGGACGACAGCGUCUGUGGGGAUCCAUGGGGUUCGCUUUGCUUUCCCUGCUCUCCGGGAUCGCCAUGGAUACGUUCACUGUAAGCACCGGACUGGACAACCCGAACUAUUCCGUGACCUUCUACAUGUUUCUGGCCUUCAUGGUCGUGGCUUCGGGUUUCCUGUUCGUCUUGGAUGACUGGAGCACGGGGCCAUCGGUAGCGUUCCUGGACGGCGUGGGCAAGCUUCUCUCUGAACCCCACCUUGUGAUUUUCCUGUUCGCCGUUAUGUGGCUGGGCGCGUUCGACGGCGCCGGAGACACGUUCAUGUACUGGCACCUGAAGGACCUGGGGGCCAGUCAGACCGUCAUCGGUAUCAACAUGUUCGUCAGGACUGUCACAGAGGUCCCGCUGUUUCUUGUCUCCGGGUGGUUCAUAGACUUCAUCGGACACGUAUGGGCCCUGCAACUCAGCUUCGUGGUGUUCGCUCUCAACUUCUUGGGCUACUCGCUCGUACAAAACCCGUGGUGGGCCGUGCUGAUUGACGUCAUACACGGGUACCAGGCGAUCACGUGGGCAACAGCGACGUCAUACGUGAGCAUCUCUGCCCAGGAUGACCUCCAGGCCGUCGCUCAGGGAAUCGUUUCCGCAACUUUCUACGGACUGGGGUAUGGUGUAGGGAACCUGGUCAGCGGCCCGGUAUUCCACUACUACGGCGCCGUGGGGCUCUUCCGAUCGCUGAGUGUCUGCUGUCUGAUCGGAUUCAUCAUGUUCUACCUGUUACAUAGGUGUUAUGGGAAGAAGGGAGUCUGCACAGACCCGGACACAAGGGGAGGAGUGGAAACAGGACCGAUGCUGAAGCCUGACGCCUUUCUGCGCGGAGGAAGAGUGACUACCGGGACGGGCGAGACGCUGGGCUCCCUACGCAUCGUCAGACCACAGCUCAACCAGUCUGGAAAAGGGAGCAGACACGUGCAUUUCUCUCAAUAACAGGACAACAGCAAAGAAAGCAAGGAAGAACUCACGAUAACUCUCCUUUCCUCCAAAAGUUCAUUAAUGGAUUGAAGCGAAUAUCGUCGUCGAAUCCAAUAUCCAUUGAUUUUGUUACCUUGGGAAAGGCACUUGACACGAAUUUCCUCUCUUUAAUCGGGUGAAAAGGAACACCUAGCUUCGGUAAUAUGACGCUAAAUGGAGAUCCCGUGUUUGAGGAGAGCCACACCUAAAGCACGUAAAAGAACAGGGUCCUUUCCGGUGUGAGUGGAUAAAAGAAAUCUGUCCGGUUUGCAGCUUGGACUUUCAGGUACAAACUUAGCGUGUUACGCCAUUAGGCGGUUUACCGGGCAUGUAAUAUACUGACAAACAAAUAAACUCUAGUUUAGACUCUCGUCAACGCAGAUCUUAUAGAGCAGAUACCGAGGUACUAACAUGUGACAACCAUCGAUCAACCAAACGUAAAAGGACCUUCACUAUUUAGUAUACUAAAUUUUGAUUAUCAAACUAUUGUAACAUAUUUCUAUGUAUCAAGAGGGACGCACGUCUCACGGUGUGUACCAUGUGCGCAUAUGCUUAGACCGACUCUGUGAAAAGUAUAAAAGAAAUAUCUAAUCUGUGACUGCAUUAUCGUUUGUUUCAACUUACUAAUGAAAGCUUAAAUCGGCCUGCAGGCCUUUUUUUUCCAUUGAGUGAGGAGAGAGGCAAGGGCCUGACUAUCAUCCGAAUAAGAUUUCAUCUGAAGAAAAUACAAGUUACAGAGAUACA